GUUUUCUAUUUAUCAGUUCUCACAGAGAGAGAGAGAGAGAGAGAGAGAGAGAGAGAGCGAUGGAAGAGAGAGACGAUUACAAGUUCCUGAAGCUGAGAGACGCAGUGACAUGCCUUAAUCAGAAGGUGAACCUCAUCGGUGUCGUUAUUGAGUUCGGCUUCCCCAAGACGACCAAAGGCACCGAUUAUUUUUGCUCCGUAAGGCUAAUUGACGAGUCAUACUCGGAUGAGGGAAUCCCAGUUAACUUUUUUGCUGAAAAUGUAGAGAAGCUUCCCUUCAUUGCCUCUCCUGGAGAUAUCGUUCAACUUUCUCGUGUUGUGAUAAAAACACAUGAUGGCGAAGUCUAUGCCUUGUUCAAUAAGAAAUUUUCUUCAUUUGCUUUAUAUGAGGGAGUAGAUGGUAAAGACUUCGUUCCAUAUCAAGUCUCUGCAAGAUUUUCUUCCAGAGAAUUGGACAAGAAAUUCAUUGGAGAUCUAAGGAAGUGGUUCAUUAAUUUCCAAGACAAUUUAGAUCCAAAUGACUUCCAAUUGAUAAGUGAGAUGAAGGAAGGUCAACGGCAUAAUUUAGUUGGUAAGAUUCUUCAUAUAAGCAAGGUUGCGAAUAAUAACUGCAUCAUCUUUCUUUGGGAUGGGACUGACGCUCCAAAAAAUAAUAUUCAAACAAAAUUGAUAGAUGAGAUGAAUACUCCACUUCCUCUACAGCUCGAACCUAACCCAUUGCCAAGAGAUGUUCUAUGCACGUUUCCACCUGUGGGAACUGUCUUAAGGGUGUUUUUGGAUGAAGGAAACAGAAAUCUUAGCCCGAGUUUCUUGAGAAUAGGCCAAUGGAUUAAUUUCGUCAACAUCGUCUGUGAAGUUCAUGCAGGACUCUGGCGUGGGAUAUUAAUGUCCUUCACCAAAUUCCGUUGCAUUGCAAAUAAUAGUCGUUACGCAUUAACCUGCCUGAGUUCUUAUGAAGAACGAGUGUCAUCAAACUUUGGUAGAACGCCUACAUCUUGCGAAUCACCCUCCACAGUAACAGAGGUUGACCAUGCCUUUGUGCCAUUCGCUUCUCUAAUGGAUGUUAUCACCUAUGCUGAGGUUACGGCCAAGUUCAAGUGUAUUGUUCGUGUUGUGGCUGUACUUCCAUUUCAGGUCGAAGAUUUCGUCUCUCCUCUGGGGAUUUAUAGAGUCAGGCUAACUCUAGAAGACCCAACAGCCCGAAUUUUUGCUUUCUUAUAUAAUGAAGAUGCGGAAAAGUUCUUCGAGGGCCACCCUCCCAGCAAUGUUUUGAGGAGGAAGAUGAAGAAGCUACUCGGAGUAGGUGAGGAUGAUCAGAGCAAUGAAACUGAAUACACUGUCAGGGAUCCUCCAUGGGUUACUUGUUGCUUGAAAUCUUACUACAUUGAUAAAAAUCAGGCUUGGGAAAGCAGGCGAUACCGAAUCUGUGACACGAGGUUGGUCGGUGGAUAAUUUCCAUCUUCUUGAUGCAGGGCACAUCUUUUUUUUUUUUUUUUAGUGGGGAUGUAGAUAUCUUUAAAAUUUACCUGAAGCUUGUAAAUGAUCUUGCUGAUGCCACUUUUUGUAGAUAUUAGCAUAGUUCCCAGCUGUUGAGAAAUCAUUUUCGAGUAUGUGACAUGUUGUAACAACUGACUUGUUCUAAGGUGCCGAAAGUGUUUCUGUUUGAUGUAUCAUUCUGCGGGGAUGAGUCCUGAAAGUUGCAGACAGUAAUAUUGUCACCGUGAACAGAGAGUUUAUUUGCUCUGA